AUGCUUUGCAUCCUCUUCCGCCUUCGUCCACCAAACCUUGGAUCCGAAGAUCACCUAUUUAAGGCACUGCGUGUUUGGACUGAUAUCCUAGACGUCUGUGAGAACGAAUCCUUUGAUGGACAUCGCAAGGUGAUUGUCGAACACACGCUCAACAUUCUCCUUCUACCCGGCAUCCACUGUGAAGGACCCAUAUCGCAUAGGAUCAACUCUUCCACGGAGUCUCUGGUGAAUAUUCAUGGCUCUCCAGUAAUUCCCUCGCACCACCACCCUUUUGUUUCCCCGUCUCUACCCAUUCCCGGAACAUCUCUAUCAUUUCCAUCGCCUCUACACCUCAAGCUACGCGUCAUCACCCGCCUCUCCUUCAACGAGCAGGGCCUCGUAACCCACCAUCGUGACAUCUGGGACAUCAAGGAUGUCAUGGGCCUAUUACCCGGCGUGUCAUUAGCUCAGUGGAUUGGCACAAGAAUCGCCGCAGCUGGGCUCUCAUACGUCUCCAAAUUCUUGCCAAAUACCGCGAAGAGCAAUGAGGACACACGUUCGGCACACACGGCACGCACUCUUGAUAUUGUGGAUCUUGAGCAUGGGCGAUGA